AUGUCACAAACAGGUUCUCCAGACUCUAUCCCAACAACACAAUUUGAACAAACGAUACAAGGAAUGAUCUCAUUUCAACAGGCGUUGCCUUUAUACUUGGCACAAAAAAUGGACAGCGCUCAAAUCCUUCCCCUUCUAAUGAAAAAACACAAACUUUCAACAAAAAGUGUCUAUUGCACUACACAGGAAAAGAAAUUGACAACAGAACAAUACACACAAUACUACUCCAAGAUAGUCAAGAAACUCCACUCCCCACGAGAAAUGGUGUAUUUCGUCGAUUACUACGGAAGAAGUCUGAGGUGCCUAGAACCAAUCGAAACAAUGGCGCCUUCAGCGGUGCCUUCAUACAAACAAAACUGCGAGAAAGAGCGACCAUACGUCAUCAAGUCGGGGUACUUCUCACCAUUUGUGAUUUGUAUAUGUGGAGAUGGACGUGUUUUAAAGCCGUUGGUAUCAACACCGACAACCAUUUCAUCACAAAUUAAAAUUGCGUUUGGGACUAAAGUCGUUAUUAAUGAGACCGACGCAGACGAAUUGCCAGUAAGUGAUGAUGUACUGACAAAGUACUACACUGAAGUCAUUUUCGAUGACAUUCAAAAGAAGCGAAGGAAGGAAGGGGGGAGUCUAGAAUUGCAGAGUGAGGUUGAUAAGGCGUACCUAGUAGUGAACUCAUCUUUGCGAGGGUUGGUAUCAGUAAAAGACAGUAAGCAACAGAAGGUUUCUAUAGUCUCGUUACAAGAUGCCUUGUUCCGAAUGGCUCCAAUCAGUUUUUUCGAAGACUUAAUCGAUUCCAUCGUCUUACACGACUUGGUGUUAAAUCAGAGCGCUCAAGUUCUUUCUGUACUCUCUCGCAUAUUAGAAAUAAAACCUCAAACUGUUUUGAAGUGUUUUCUUGGUGUCUUAUAUAAACGAUGUGAGGGUAAUGAAAUAGUCGAAGAAAAUGAAUUUGUUACCAGUGUUGAGAGAACUUAUAAGCGGAUAUAUGAAAUACCAAAGUUGGUGACAGAUGUUUGGAAAAAGGAGAAUAUCGAGAUGAACGUCGAGGAGAUGGCGUAUCCGUUGAAUGUGAUGUUUGUCAACUUGUUCAAUACAAGUGCUUUCGCUCAGUGCAAGAGUGCAAACGAAAUGUCUCUUUUCGUGCAAUUGAAUUACCCUGCACUGGCACAACACUUUAAAUUAGAAAGAAGAAGAACUUCUUUUUAA